GUAAAUAACUCACUGUCCUAGAAGCGUGUAUUUGAAUUUGAAAUUUCCAACGUUCAGUUUCAGUCUUCAGUAGUUUUAAAUUAUCCCAGUGUUUUCUGUUCUAUCUAUCUCACUGCAAUUAUGGAGAAUUUGAAAUCGCUAAUUCUCAAAUUUUUGAUCAAAAUCUAUAUCAGCGCAACUUCGGCUUUGCUGUGAUAUCUCACAUGUUCUUUGACUCAGUAGAAUUGAAGUUACUCUAUCUGUCUUUAAUUUUUCAUAAUUAUGUCUUUUGGUGGUUUUGGAACGAGUGCCUUUGGUAGCACACCAGCAGCAUCAACAGCAGGUGGUUUCGGAACUGCAGGUACCACAGGAAGUGCCUUCGGGAACACAACAACGACUGGGUUCUCUGGAUUUGGUGCAGCAUCCACAGCUAGUCCUUUUCAAAGCACAGGUUUUGGGACAAGUUUCGGCACAGCUGCACCGACCACCACUUCUGCUCCAUCUUUAUUCUCUGGUUUUAACCAACCCAAAACAACCGGAACAGGAACUUUUGGCACGACAACUUUUGGAGCACCAGCAACAGCCACCUCUACAAGUUUCGGAGCUCCAACCACUGGGUUUGGUGGCUUUGGAAGCAACCCUACUGGUUUUCAAAACACUGGAUUCGGUGGAACAAGCUUUGGCACCGCUACCACAACUGCAUCACUUUUCUCUGGUUUUGGUCAGACGCAAACAACCACCACUGGAUUCUCUGGGUUUGGAGGUUUUGGUGCCAACAAACCCCUUGGUACCACACAGCCAAGUUUCAGUUUUGGUUCGGCCCUUGGUGGCGGAACCACAGGAGGUCUUGGAGGUGGAUCACUUUUUGGUCAGCCGCAACAGCAGCAGCAGCAGCAACAACAGCAGCAGCAGCAGCAGACGUCCGGCUACAGUGAACUGGUUGUCAAUUCUAUCCUCAACUGUCACAUCUUUGGUGAUGAACGUGAUCAAGUCCUAGCCAAGUGGAACCUCCUUCAAGCAUUCUGGGGAACUGGCAAAGGAUAUUACGCUCAAAAUACUCCACCCGUUGAAUACACUCCCCAAAAUCCUCUGUGUAAGUUUAAAGCGAUUGGUUAUAGCUGCAAAACAUCAAACACCAAUAAAGACUGUCAAGUAAUCCUUCAGUUUAGCAAAACAGAUGAAGACAUUAGGAAUCAAAAGAAUCAAUUGCAAACAAGUUUGAAUGCUCUCUUUGGAAACAAGCCAAACCUUAGCAUAAUUUUUGACUCUAUCAAACCAAUCUCAGAGACGAAGAGCACAGUCAUUUUUUAUGUUGAAGAAAAAUUACAAACUGGUGCCACCAGAAGAGUUCCUUCCUCAGAAAUCGUUUCAUUCAUGAUGCAACCUGUACCGAAGCAACAGCUCACAACCAUGGGAGUAGAAGAUCUUUUCCCCUUUAGUCCACUUGAUGAUGAAUCUGUUAAAAAUUAUCUAGCAAAUCCACCUGCAGGUAUUGAUCCCCGAAUUUGGAAACAAGCUCAACUAGAAAACCCAGAUCCUGAUAAGUACAUCCCUGUGCCGUUGGUUGGAUGGGAAGCUAUCCGCUGGCGCUCAAAAUGUCAAGAGCACGAGAACAAAAUGCACCAAGCGUUUUUGGACAGACUUGCGGAGGAUAUCUCAGAGCUGCAGGCUCAACACACCCGCACCGCUGCUAAAGCAUUGGAGUAUAAACAAAGCCUGUUACAGCUACAGCACCGGCUGCUGAAGGUUCUUGUGAAGCAAGAAAUGACACGAAAUCAUGGAAUGGCAUUACGACCAGAAGAAGAGGCUCUGUGUAGUCGGUUAGAAAGUCUUCACCAUCAGCUUAAUAUGCCCUCUCAGUUCAAGGGUCGAUUGAAUGAGUUACUGGCAAUGAUGCGAUUGCAAUUUGAUGAGACAGCGUCUACUGGCACCUCUGGCCGUUAUAUUAUGGAUCCAAGCAUGCAAACUGAUAUCAAACAGUUCUUGCAAAUGGAACAAAAUGGAAUGAUGCAACUCAUAGAAGUCUAUAAAAAUGACCGAGAGGACAUCAAAACAAUGUGUGAUGGACUCAGGGAACUAAAAGCUUGCAAAGCUGGUCCAUCUGGGGCUUCAUGAUGAUUCCGAAUUGAAAGUAUGCCACGCCUGCCGACUGCCUCAAGAGACCUUGUUGGAACUUUUUAUCAACUGAUCUGUGUUUUGUUAGUACAAAAUUUCAGAAUCGAAGGCGAACAAUCGUCAAUGCAAUGGAUAGGCUCUUUUUACAUUUAUAUUACGUUUUGAAUUUAAUCUCAUUUUUGACUCUUUGUAAUUGUGUACAGUUAAAUUUUUAGUGCAAGAUGCAACUUUUCCUAUUUUCUUCUCUAAGAUAAUGGACCCUAGACAAGGUGCAAAUUAAAGUAGUAUAGCCACAUUUCACCGUGUGACCUUUCACUGCCCAACAGUUCACUGCGUGACAUUUCACCCAAAGCAUUAUGAAUUUCAUAUGACAUGAUUACGUUAAUUAUAAUUAUGUUUUCUCGUCAAAGUUUUGCGUAAAACACAACUCUUACAACACAAAUCAUUGAAAGCAACCUCUAACCAAAGUAUGAACGUUUUUUGAUUCAUAAAUUCAAGCUUCCUGCCCAUGAAAAAACCAUAAUCUACUAGAGUUAAAUCGCACACUAAACGUUACCGCAAUAGUUUCAGCUAAUAUGGCAACCUCAAUCUUGGCUCAGCUGUUGUGAGUUGUUUUUAAAUUUUGGACAACACAUGGCAGAAAAGGAUCACUGAUCAAUUAAGAAACUUGCCUAAACUGCUGUGGUGUGCGAUUUGAUUCACGUGAAUUCUGGUUCCUCUUGUGAGCAGGCAAUUCAAAUUUUUUGUAACCAGUGCUAAAUGAAAACGAUAGUAUGUAUCUUGGUUAGACGUUAAUCUCAUUAAGCUAAAGGGGGAAUUUCACUCUAUGUGAAAGUUUGAAGAGGAAACACUUACCAGAAUGCUUACAUUUGGCCUACAUUUUGCAACUCGGAACUACAAAAUCUAGCUCAAUUUAGAAACAACAUAUGAACCAUUAGUUACCCUAUGCACAUGAGUGUUUUUAUAGAUGUGCCAGAAAUUGUAGCUCCUUAUUGCAAAAUGAAUUCAAUCUGUACCUUGUCCAAUGGUCCAUUUUAUUAUGUAUCAGCUUUCUGAUGGAGUCUCUGAGAAAAAACAUCAGUUUUAAGUAUAAGAAAAAAGGAAAAAACACAGAACUUGCCUCUUGUCGGAAUCAAUGAAAUCCUCAUGAGAAUUCCUGCAAGAAGCAUCCGUCUUAUGUUGCCAGAAACUACUCUCUUUGUUUUCUCAGAAGCUUUUAUCUUGAAGCUCCAUAAAAUUAAUGAAUUUUUUACAAUAUAAUUGAAUCAAAAUUAAUGACUUAAGCACUGAAACAUUUCAAACAAAUUAAAAAGGUAAAAGUCGUUACAUGAUUAAGUAUGUAGAAUUGAAAAGAAUCAGCCUAUCUACAUCAGAAAUUUCCUGAUUCCCCUUGUAUGUUAAUUUUUCUUCAGAAAACUGAAAGUAACACUUUGACUUAUAUUCACAGAAAGUUUUAAGGCUUUACGUUGUUUAGUUUUCUGUUAAAAAAAUAAAAAAAAUGAGGAAAAAUUAGGUAACAUCCGUCCAAUUUUUUUCACUUCUUUAAUAUUUGCACACGCAUGCAAACAUGCAUCAUGUUUCAUUUUUAUCACAAAUUUUACAGAAAAUAUCGAAUGUACUUUUUAAUAAUCACAGUCAAUUUACUAGAAAAUGUAUGAGGUUUUUCAGUCGAUAUGUAAAACGUUAGGGUCCGUUUUUGAUUUGUCUGUGAUUAUAACUGCCUCUUGUUAAUGAAGCUAUUCAGCUUAGAAAAGAAGUAGAUGGGAAGUUUUUCUGAUCUGAUGUGUGAAUGUAAUCCAUCUGAAUAUGAUGGUUUUUAUAGCCAAUUCUAGAAUUAAUGGAGGUACCAUCAAAUCCUUUCUCUGCCAACUUUAUUUCUUUUUUCAAUGGGAAUGUUUUCACUUUUUCAGUGUUGACCAAAAGUUUUUAAACUGGUUAUUUGAGCCAGUGCGUAUUUCAAUUGUAUGUCAGUCCAACCUCAAUUUUUUCAAAACAGUGAAUGGUAAAUAAUUGUACUAUUAGUUUUUAUGAAUAAAAUUUUUUUAAUUAAUGGAAA